GAAGUAAAGUUUUGUCAUUUUUGUCAAAAGUCAAAAGAGUAUUUCAGAAAUCAGCAUUUUCUAAUUUAAGUGCCGGUUAGAAGUAAACAAUGGAGGGUUUUAUUGAAGUUAAUGAAAUAUCCGAUUUUGUAUCAUACAUACGUAGUAUUGAAUGGCGCGAUCCAUGGCUCAUAGCGCUUCUGUCUUUUCACAUCUUGGUCACAUUUACAUGCUUUUCAACACGGAAUUAUGGAAAUUUUCAAGUUAUUCUAUUCAUAACAUUAUUACUAUUGGUGUAUUUCUCGGAGAAUAUAAACGAAGUGGCUGCAAGGAAUUGGACAUUGUUCUCCCGACAGCAGUACUUUGACAGCAAGGGCCUCUUCAUUUCAGUCGUGUUCUCAAUCCCAAUACUGCUCAACUGUAUGAUAAUGGUGGGAUCAUGGCUGUAUCAAUCAACACAAAUCAUGACUAACUUAAAAAAGGCACAGUUACGACAACGUCUCAAAGAAUUGAAUAUGCACAGGGAACAGCAACAGAAAAUGAUGAAGACAGAGUAAGAUACGUCAAUUACAAAUUAAAAUACAGUCGAACCAGGAUAAGCGAGAGUGCAUGGUACCGUGAUAUAUUUCUCGCGUAUAGAGGUUUCUCUUUUAUGAAGGUCGUCCGUCGGGACCGGAUAACUCUCGUUUAUAUAGGUUUCUCGUUCAUCCAGGUUCGACUAUAUGCAAACCAUACCGCUCGGUAAAUUGUGAUAUGCAACGCAAAUUUCCUGAUAAUAAUAACGAUGCCUUUACAAAAAUAAUUCGUGUUUAGAUUGUAAUGAACAGGUUUUGUGUAAAUCUUGCCAAUAGAUGUCCGAUUUAAAAACAAUACGUAUUAUGUGUCCCGUUGAAUGGCAAGUGGCUAUUGUAAUCUAAAAUUGUACGCAUUAAAUUAACUUUGUAUUUAAUUAACAGUUUAAAGGUGGUUAUCUGAAUGUAAUAUUAUCGUACUGACUUGCUUUUUGUGUAAAACAUACCUUAAUUAAUAGACUCGACUGACUGUCGUAUUGGAAAAUUUAUGGAUAUAGAGUAAAUUGCUAUAAAUUAUAUUAACAAUCCUUGUAGACAACUUAUAAGUAGCAUCAAAGACAUUUUUGAGUUAUCCGUAAUGUCAAAAAACCGGAAGAA